CAGGUCCCUCGUCAAGCACAAGCGGAAAUGGAUAUUCGAUAUACAGAGCAAUGGACUCUUGCCACACUCAAGGCUGUCAUCAAUGCCACAGUCAAAUCAGCCAAGGUAGACUACUUCUUCGAACAGGGCAUGCUCUCUUGUCCCGCGAAUAAUCAAUACUCCAAGGAUACAGUAGCAUAUCUGAAGCAAUUACUUGGCAGAGAUAUAGAAUAUAGUCGGGGGCAUGGCACAUCCGAUGGCCACUGGGCAGAAUUUGCGACGA